AUGGGGAGGGUGAAGCCACCCUUGGAGGACAAGGCCUUGGCCUCGCCCGCUGCGCCUCCCGCGGCCGGAGGCGCUCACCCCCGCGACGCGCCCGCGGCGGCCGUUCUCAGCCUUGCCCGGGAGGUGGCGGGCUUGCCCGCGGCGGCGCUCUCGCCGCUCGUGUUUGCCCACAGCCAGUGUUUUGGCAGCAUCUUAAGACUAGAAUGUAGGAGCACCUGGGAGGCUCGAUGCCAGUGCCCUACUCAUUCUCAUACUUACUCCCAAGCUCCUGGACUUGCACCUUCUGGGAAAACAACAGAUUAUGCCUUUGAGAUGGCCGUGUCAAAUAUUAGAUACGGAACAGGGGUGACAAAGGAAGUGGGAACGGACCUACAAAACACGAGUGCUAAAAAUGUUUGCUUGAUGACAGACAAGAACCUCUCGCAGCUCCCUCCUGUACAGACAGUUAUGGAUUCCCUAGUGAAGAAGGGCAUAAAUUUUAAGGUGUAUGAUAACGUGAGAGUAGAACCAACUGACAAAAGCUUCAUGGAAGCUAUUGGGUUUGCCAAAAAGGGAGCCUUUGAUGCCUACGUUGCUGUCGGGGGCUGCUCCACCAUGGACACCUGUAAAGCUGCUAAUCUGUAUGCCUCCAGCCCGCAGUCUGAUUUCCUAGAUUAUGUCAAUGCCCCCGUUGGGAUGGGAAAGCCUGUAUCUGUGCCUCUGAAGCCUCUGACUGCAGUCCCAACCACCUCAGGAACUGGGAGUGAAACUACAGGAGUUGCCGUCUUUGACUAUGAACACUUGAAAGUAAAAACUGGUAUUGCUUCCCGAGCCCUCAGACCCACGCUGGGACUGGCUGGUCGUCCGCACAUGCACGUGCCUGCCCGGGUGGUCGCCAGCCCCGGCCUCGACGUGCUUUGCCAUGCCCUGGAGUCCUACACUGCCCUUCCUUACCACAUGCGGAGCCCCUGCCCUUCAAAUGCCAUCGCCCGGCCAGCAUACCAGGGCAGCAACCCAAUCAGUGACAUUUGGGCAGCCCACGCAUUACGGAUCGUCGCUAAGUAUCUGAAGAGGUACGUAAGAAAUCCUGAUGAUCUUGAAGCAAGGUCUAAUAUGCACUUGGCAAGUGCUUUUGCUGGUAUUGGCUUUGGAAAUGCUGGUGUUCAUCUGUGCCAUGGAAUGUCUUACCCAAUUUCAGGCUUAGUGAAGACAUACAAAGCAAAGGAUUAUAAUGUGGAUCACCCACUGGUGCCUCACGGCCUUUCUGUGGUCCUCACCUCCCCAGCAGUGUUCACUUUCACAGCCCAGAUGUCUCCUGAACGGCACCUGGAAAUGGCGGAAAUAUUAGGGGCGGACGUCCGCGCGGCCAGGGCCGCAGACGCGGGGCCUGUUCAGGCGGACACGCUCCGGAGGCUCCUCUUCGAGCUGGACGUGGACGACGGCCUGGCCGCCGUCGGUUACUGCGAGGCCGAUGUCCCCGCACCGGUGCCGGGGACGCUGCCCCAGGAAAGGGUAACCAAGGUUGCCCCACGGCCUCAGUCAGAAGAGGACUUGUCUGCUCUGUUUGAAGCUUCAAUGAAACUGUAUUAAUUUUCAUUCUCACUGAAAGAAUUCCCUCGGGCCAUCAUAGUCCUGACAACGGAAACCGAGCUAGCCAGAACUUCUUUUCAUCUCCACACAUGGCAUACCUGUUACCAGUCUGAAUGUGAUAAUAAGUUUAUCCUGCAGAAGAUUCCCUAAUGCGCAAAGUCAAACUACUUCCAUGAAACAGUGGAGGAAGGCCCACUACGCUGGGCCUUGACCUAGACUUCAGCCUCCAGGCCCUGCCCCAAACCCCACGAUUGCCGCUGCUGCGCUAGUUACAAAAUGGGCAAAAGCUCAGUAUCUACCAAAAAUGUAAAUGCACAUGUCCUGUGCCCAGUAAUCCCCGGUCUAGGCACGAAUCCUAUAGAAAUGCUAGCACAGGUGCAUUAAGAAAGAUGGCAAAGAUGUUUCUGGCAGCACUCUCUCUAAUGUAAAAUCUGAAAGAACCUAAAUAUUCAUUAAUAGUGUAUGAUAAAUAAGAGUAUAUUAAAUAAUGGAAUGCUAUAGUGCUAUCAAUAGGAAUGAGAUAAAUCUAUUGGAAAUAUGCCCAUGAUAUACUGCUAAGUUGGAAAAAAGCAGAACAAUUAUAUAUUUCCAUAAUCUGACUUUUACUUUUUAAAUUAUACAUGAGUAUUUGUCUAUAUAUAGGGAGAAGAAGGCUACACAUCAAAACAAUAAAAGUUAUCACUAGAGAAAUGGAAUUUGGGGUACAGAGAAUUAAUAGAAAAUAUUCACCUUAGAUUUUAUACUUCCCCUUUUUAUUUUAUAAACAUCUGUAUUGUUUGGAUUUGUUAUAACAAGCACAUAUUUCCUAAUUUUAAAAGGACCAGAGAAAAGAUAUCACUUUAUUGUUUUAGGUCAGAGUCAUCUUAAUUUAUGAAAAUACUAGUAACUAAUACUUAAAGAUUAAAGCAAAUCCAAAGAGGUAAAAUGUUAGAGACUGAUCCUGUGGCAAAUAAACAAAUUGUUCUUUGGAGACAAACACUAACAUCCUGCAUGGUAAUUCCCUCUUUGGAAAAAUGUUUUUGGUGCU